ACGUGGACUACAUUUGUCACGAAGCGUAGUUUUGAUCUGCGUUUGUUCAGCGAAUAUAGGCUCUAACAAGACUUUAAAUCUAUGGGAGGUCUCAAGAGUUUGGAGUUAACAGUAACCCUUCUCUUGGUCCAGGUCUUCACAGCAGCAUUUUGUGAAGGGGAUGGACCGUGCCAGCCUGGCUUAAUAUCAGAACUUGAAAUAUUUAGAGUGAACAGAACGCAUGGUCACACGGUCAAGAUCCUGGGCCAAGUGAAUAUUUCUGACUGCAACGGGCAAAAGAGAGCCCAGAUUCAUGUGGAGGAUGCCCAUUUAAAUGUAGACCAAGAUGGAACAAUCAGGCUGAUGAGAGCUGUUACAGCCCGUGACCAACAUGACAGCUUCUUGAUCCAUGCUUUGGACUCCAGGGGCAACAAAUUCUCUGCCAGAGUGAGAGUUAAGCAUGAACCCACAAUCCACCAGCACCCUAACAAUCAUGACGACCACCAUCGUCCUUAUGAAGUGGCUAGCGUCAUUCAUGGUCAGUCAUCAGGAAGUCUGAAGAGGAGGAAGAGGGACUGGGUCAUACCCCCCAUCAACUUCCCAGAGAAUGACCGUGGCCCCUUCCCAAAAGCAAUGGUACAGAUCAGAUCAAGUAAUGACAAAUCAGUAAAAAUGGAGUACAGUAUUUCUGGAGCGGGAGCGGACCAGCCGCCAAAGGGACUUUUCACCAUUGACAGAAACUCAGGUGUUCUGUACGUAACUCAGCCUUUGGACAGGGAGAAACAAAGUCAAUACAUGCUUGAGGCUCAUGCUAUUGCAGUGGGUAAAGGUAUAGAAGAGCUGCCCCUGGAAGUUAUUGUAAAAGUAAUUGAUCAGAACGACAAUAAGCCUGAGUUUACCCAGGAUCCCUUUCUGGGAAGUGUUGCGGAAACUGCACCACCAGAUUUUGAAAUUGUGAAGAUUUCUGCAACGGAUGCAGAUGAAUCAGGAUCACUUAAUGCUGAUAUUAAGUACAGCAUUCUGAGCCAAGAGCCACAGCUGCCAAAUGCCAAUAUGUUCUCGAUCAACCCUGUGAGUGGAAUGAUUCGACUUAGCUCAUCUGGACUGGACAGAGAGAAACUUGCAAAAUAUACAUUGGUAAUUCAAGCUGCUGACCUGAAUGGGGACGGUCUCAUGAAUACCUGCAGUGCAAUCAUCACAGUAACAGAUAGCAACGACAAUGCUCCCCAGUUUGAAAAUGCUUUGUACACAGUGUCUGUCCCUGAGAAUAAAGUUGGUGCUGUGGUGGUGAAAAUGCCUGUAACUGAUAACGAUGAGCCCCACACACCUGCAUGGUCGACCAGAUACAAAAUUAUUCAAGGCAACCAUGGUGGCUUCUUCAAUGUCAGCACUGGACCCAACAAAGUGGAGGGCAUUAUUACUACAGUGAAGGGCCUUGAUUUUGAGAAGAACAUGAAGUACACCUUGCUGGUGACAGUUGAAAAUGAUGUCCCUUUUGCCACUCGUCUGCCAACAUCCACUGCCACAGUUAUUGUAAAUGUGGAGGAUGAGAAUGAGGCUCCCAUCUUUAAUCCAGUUAAGAAAAUAAUUGUCAAAUCAGAGGACAUGGCUGUUGACAGUGAGCUGACUCAGUACACAGCAACUGAUCCAGACACGGCAAAGAAACAGACUGUGCGGUAUCAAAUUGAAAGGGAUCGGGCUGGAUGGCUGAAUAUUAGUAAGGACACUGGACUUAUCACAGUUAAGAGCCCCAUGGACAGAGAAUCUGCCUUCUACGAAGAUGGCGUAUAUGAAGCAAUCAUCCUAGCUAUUGAUAGCGAUGAAAUCCCUGCUACCGGAACUGGGACCCUGCUGAUUGAACUACAAGAUGUAAAUGACAACGCUCCAACGAUUAAUGAAAAUUCAUUUUCAAUCUGCAAUGAAGACUCUCAACCAGUCCUGCUGUCCAUUGCUGACAGAGAUGGACCAGGUUACACAGCUCCUUUCCGUGUGGAUCUCCAAGGAACAUCCAAGAAAAACUGGACUGCUAAAAUGAAUGACACAAGAACAGGCAUUUUACUGACACUUAGGACCAGAUUGGAAGAGGAUAACUAUAGAGUUGUUCUAAAGGUCUAUGACAGUCACGGUCUUGCCCAGGAGAGUACAGUUCUUGCUACUGUGUGCAAUUGCAAAGGACAGUCUGUUGCCUGUGGGGGGAAAAUUGCCAGCGUCUGGUUCCCUGGAAUUCUGGGAAUUUUAGGAGCUGUCCUAUUUCUACUCUUGCUGCUGCUGCUGCUGCUCUUAUUCCUGAGGAGGAGGAGGAGCGUGAAGGAGGAGCCUCUGCUUCAGGAAGAUGAUGUUCGUGACAACAUCUACUUCUAUGAUGAGGAAGGAGGAGGAGAGGAAGACCAGGAUUAUGACUUGAGCCAGUUGCACAGGGGCCUGGAUAACCGGCCUGACGUCUACCGGAACGAUGUGGCACCGACGUAUAUGAUUGCUCCAGAGUACAGACCCCGGCCCGCCAACCCUGAAGAUAUUGGCAACUUCAUUGAUGAUAACCUGAAGGCUGCAGACAGCGACCCUACAGCUCCCCCAUACGAUUCACUCCUGGUGUUUGAUUAUGAAGGCGGAGGCUCUGAUGCUGGCUCUCUGAGUUCCCUUAACUCUUCCAGCUCAGGGGAGGACCAGGACUAUGACUAUCUGAAUGAGUGGGGGCCACGCUUCAAGAAAUUAGCUGACAUGUAUGGUGCAGAUGACGACUAAAAAAUCAACACGGUGUACUGAAUGUGUGGUCCACCACGCUUUUGACAGGGUCUGCUUGGUUUUCUUGUGCCUUCACAUCUGUUGUUUGAAAUGGUGAUUUGGGUGUAGGACUAUUCUGGGUUCAGGUUCUGCACUCAGUUGUUAGGAC